GUCUGUUUGAGUGCCGUACUCUCGUUUACAGUCCGGAAGAAAAUUUAGUCGUGUGGAUAUUCUUGCUGAAAGUUAGUAAUCUUUAGAGAAGUUUCGCUGGGAUGAGUGUCAAUACUAAGGAAUAAAAGCUUAUGGUUAGAAAAUCAGGUUCUGAUUUCCGUGAUUGUAUGUUAAAUUUGGGAUUUUUAGAACCUUAUGGGAGUUUUUCAUUGUUUGAUGGAAUAGUUUUGUUUUUGGAAGUAUUGAAAUAAUGAUGAAUAAUAAUAAUCCGAUAAAGAAUUUAGGGGCACCACCGGCAUUUGGAAAUUCUGGCACAGUUCCACAAAAUAUGACCACGAAUAAUCAACCCCAGUUGCUCUCUCAGUCACAAGCUCAGACACAAGGUGGGUCCCCUUUUCCUGGUCAUUUUCACUUGUCUGAACCCCAUGCCCAUGCGCUUGCUCAAGCACAAUAUGCUCGUGCUCAUGCUCAAGCACAGGCACAUGCUGCUCAUGCUCAGUUUCAGGCUCAUGUACAGUCACAAGGCCAAUCUCAAGUGCAAUCCCCUGCCCAGUUGCAAAACCCUAAUAUUACUAGUAAUGCUGGGGUCUCAUCUCCUUCUGUUUCAACUCCUGGCACUGCUGCAAGUGCCAAGCGGGCUACUCAGAAACCACCCUCUAGGCCUCCUGGUUCAUCAUCCAAUACAAGUACUGGCUCACUGUUUAAGACAAUGGAGUUAGCUCCAGCUGCUCGAAGAAAGAAGCGGAAACUUCCUGAGAGGCAAAUACCUGAUAAAGUUGCUGCAAUUUUGCCAGAGUGUGCUCUUUAUACUCAGUUGCUUGAAUUUGAGGCUAGGGUAGACUCUGCUUUGGCAAGGAAAAAGAUUGAUAUGCAAGAGUCUCUUAAAAACCCUCACCAUGUUCAGAAGACACUUCGGAUUUAUGUUUUCAAUACUUUUUCAAAUCAGAUUGAGAAAAGUCCUGAUAAGAAGACAGGAGAAGCCCCCUCUUGGUCACUGAAGAUUAUUGGAAGAAUGCUGGAAGAUGGAAAAGAUCCAGUACUGUCUGGAAUAACACAAAAACCAAGCUCUUCAUAUCCAAAGUUCUCAUCUUUCUUCAAGAAAAUUACAAUAUACUUGGAUCAGAACCUUUAUCCAGAUAAUCAUGUAAUCUUGUGGGAGAAUGCUCGAUCACCUGCACUCCAUGAGGGCUUUGAGGUGAAGAGAAAAGGGGAUAAGGAAUUCACAGCAAUUAUCAGGCUAGAAAUGAAUUACUUGCCUGAAAAAUUCAAACUUUCACCUGCUCUGACUGAAGUUCUUGGAAUUGAAGUUGAUACACGGCCAAGAAUUAUAGCAGCUAUAUGGCAAUAUGUGAAAGGAAGGAAGUUGCAGAACCCAAAUGACCCUUCCUUCUUCAUGUGUGAUCCUCCUCUACAGAAAGUAUUCGGGGAAGAGAAAAUGAAAUUUGCAAUGGUUUCACAGAAGAUAUCACAACAUUUAACUCCUCCACAACCUAUACAUUUGGAGCACAAGAUCAAGCUUUCAGGGAUUAGUCCAGCUGGAAAUACUUGUUAUGAUGUGCUUGUUGAUGUGCCCUUUCCAUUAGAAAAAGAAAUGUCUGUUUUUUUGACAAACAUUGAAAGAAACAAAGAGAUUGAUGCUUAUGAUGAAUUAAUAUGUGCUGCUAUAAAGAAGAUACAUGAGCAUCGUAGGAGGCGGGCAUUCUUUCUUGGUUUUAGUCAGUCUCCCGGAGAGUUUAUUAAUGCAUUAAUUGCUUCUCAGAGCAAGGAUCUAAAGCUUGUUGCUGGAGAUUCCAGCAGUAAUACGGAAAAAGAGCGCCGUUCAGAAUUCUUUAAUCAACCAUGGGUUGAAGAUGCCGUUAUUCGCUACAUGAAUCGCAAGUCUGCUGGAAGUGAUGCUCCGGGGAGCAAUUGAAUUAAGAUUUCUUGAAUUAUUAAUAGGUGGUAUGCUCCUGAUUUGCUUAUAGACAGAGUCUGGAUUUUGUAGGCACAGAAUUUUUUUUUUUUUUUUUUUAAGUUGAUUUCAGAUUGGCCUUUUUGUUUCAGUCGUUUAGGUUAAAGAUUGAUAUUUUUCCCAUUGGAAGGGUCGUCCCUUUGUUAUAUUAUAGAUGCUCUCAAUGCUAAUUUACUAAAUUGGUAGGCCUUUCCAGUCUUAGGGAUGCAUCUAAAAAAUCUGGAAGCACAUUGGAUAUGGACAUUAAGAUGCCAAUUUGUAGUGUUAUAAAUAUGUAAUUGCUUAUGAAUAUUUAUCUUGGUGACAUUGAUUUAAUUGCUGUUGGUAGUAUAAGUUGCUAUGCCUUUCACAUAUACAAUUCAGAACUGAGAGGAAAAUUCA